CCAGUAAAUAGCGACCCACAGUCGUUUUGUCUUUUCCUCAUCUUUGCAUCUGGCUUGACAAACCUUGUGUCACGGUUCGGAUGAGGGGCUAACACAGUAGCGCGGCAGGGGUUUUGCCGGGUAGGGAGUUCAGGAGCGGCCCACACGAACAGCCCCGGAAAACAGCGGGAUUCAACCAUGGAGGGGAGCAUCCACCACUGAACAAGCUGUGACCGACGGACUUCCUGCCAAUAAAGGAGCAGAUUGCAGUCUCUCUUUCAGCGCAACAGUUCAGUCACACUAAUACAGCAAAUCACUGGAGCCACAUCAGGUUCAACCAAUACCAGAACACUGACAACAUCUGUCUCCAACAAGAAAACGGUGUCUCUCAGAACACAUUGACCUAAAUCACUAACAACAGUCCACCUGGGAAAGAAGCUUUUUCCAGCCUGAGCCGUCAUUUAAGGAGUGCUGGAACCCCCUCAAGAACCACUGAUAUGUCCUGAAGGAUCCCAGGAACAUGUUCAAGGAUUUCUGAAACCUCCUCAAGGACCCUUGAACACACCAGAGGAGAUAACAGAUUCUCAGAAUCACGGAGGGGCGGUGACUGAUGGACCCACCGGCUCAACCAUGAAAGGAGACAAAGACAGAGGUCAGACAGACCGGAAGACAUAUAGACAAGCGGGCAGACAGACAGGCAGACGGACGCUAUGACCGAUACACGCAGCUGGUCCAGCAGGCUCGAGCUCAGGUAGCCUAGCGUUGAGGUGAGGCAGCUUGUUACCAUGGCACCCAGGCCGUCGUCAGGAGAACUGUGGGGGCUCCAUCUGAUGCCCCCCCGCAUCCUGGUGGACUGCUGCCUACCCAACGGGAUGAUGGUGAGUCUUGAGUGUCUCAGAGAAACUCCUCUAAUCAGCAUCAAGGAGCAGCUCUUCACUGAGGCCAGGAAGUACCCACUGUACCAUCUGCUGCAGGAGGAGUCAUGUUACAUUUUUGUGGGCGUGACCCAGGAGGCAGAAAGAGAGGAGUUUUACGAUGAGACGAGGCGGCUGUGCGACCUCCGACUGUUUCACCCGAUCCUGAAGGUCAUUGAGCCGCUGGGCAACCGAGAGGAAAAGAUCCUUAAUCGAGAGAUAGGAUUUGCCAUUGGGAUGCCAGUAUGUGAGUUCGAAAUGAUGAAGGACCCAGAGAUUCAGGACUUCCGGCGCUCCAUACUGAGCGUGUGCAGAGAGGCCAUGGAGGAGAGGGAGGGGGGAGGGGCCCACAGCCAGGCACUCUAUGUUUAUCCCCCCAACGUGGAGUCCAGCCCCCAACUCCCACAGCACAUCUAUAGCAAACUGGACAAAGGGAGGCUGAUCGUGACCAUCUGGGUGAUCGUGUCUCCGUCCAACUCCAAACAGAAAUACACCCUCAAGGUGAGUCAUGACAGCUUACCUGAGCAGUUGAUAGCAGAGUCCAUCAGGAAGAAAAGCCGAUCGAUGCACCUUUCACCUCAACAGCUCCGCCUCUGUGUCCAGGAGUACCAGGGCCAGUAUAUCCUGAAGGUGUGUGGCUGUGAUGAGUACCUGUUGGAGAAGUAUCCUCUCAGUCAGUACAAGUAUAUUCGGUCCUGUAUCAUAGUGGGUCGUCUCCCUCACCUGAUGCUGGUCUCCAAAGACAGUCUUUACUCUCAGUUACCUUCCUCUGGCUUCGUCACACCUUCAUACAGUCGUCGGACUCCUCAGCCGUCUCCCUGUCCAGGAGGAGGUGAUGGUUCUCCUCCUCGUUCUCUGUGGGCCUUCAACACUAUGCUGAGGGUCCGACUGCUCUGUGCAACCUACGUCAACGUCAACAUCAGAGACAUCGACAAGAUCUAUGUGAGGACAGGUAUCUAUCACGGUGGUGAGCCGCUCUGUGACAACGUCAACACACAGAGAGUCCCCUGCUCCAAUCCCAGGUGGAACGAGUGGCUGACCUAUGAUAUCUACCUGGCUGAUCUCCCUCGCUCGGCCAGACUCUGCCUGUCUAUCUGUUCUGUAAAGGGAAGGAAAGGAGCUAAGGAGGAGCACUGUCCUCUGGCCUGGGGGAAUGUGAACCUGUUUGAUUAUAAGGACAUUCUGGUUUCUGGUAAAGUGGCUCUCAGUCUGUGGCCCGUCCCUCACGGCCUUGAGGACCUCCUCAACCCCAUUGGAGUCGCCGGUUCAAAUCCCAAUAAGGAGACUCCCUGUGUGGAGUUGGAGUUCUCCUGGUUUAAUCAGACUGUCGUGUUUCCUGACGAGCAGCAGAUAGAAGAACACGCCAACUGGACCAUCAGCAGAGAGCUUGGCUACAAUUACUGCCACGGACUGAGCAGUCGUCUGGCUUGUGACAGCAGUGUGACAGCAGGUGAUGCAGAGCAGCUUCAUUCUCUCUGCUCCAAAGAUCCUCUCUACGAACUCUCAGAGCAGGAGAAGGACUUCCUCUGGAGACACAGACAUUACUGUGUAAACAUCCCAGAGUCUCUUCCUAAGCUGCUUCUGUCUGUCAAAUGGAACUCCAGAGAUGAAGUGUCCCAGAUGUACUGUUUGUUGAAGGAGUGGCCUCUGAUGGAGCCGGAGUCAGCUCUGGAGUUGUUGGACUGUAACUUUCCUGAUCCGAUGGUCAGAGAGUUCGCUUUACGCUGCCUGGUGCAAGGCCUGACGGAUGACAAGCUGUCGCAGUACCUGCUGCAGCUUGUACAGGUGUUGAAGUAUGAGAUGUACCUUGACAAUCCUCUGGCUCGUUUCCUGAUCAAGAAAGCUCUGACCAAUCAGAGGAUAGGACACUUUUUUUUCUGGCAUCUCAAGUCAGAGAUGCACAAUAAGACGGUGUCCCGUCGGUUCGGUCUGCUGCUGGAAGCUUUCUGCAGAGCCUGUGGCAUGUACCUGAAACACCUGAACAGACAGGUGGAGGCCAUGGAUAAACUGGUGAACCUGACUGACACACUGAAACAAGAAAAGAAGGACGAGACACAGAAAACUCAGAUGAAGUUCCUGGUUGAACACAUGUCUCGUCCAGAUUACAUGGAGGCUCUGCAGGGAUUUGUCUCUCCUUUGAACCCUGUUCACCAGCUGGGAAACCUCAGGCUGGAGGAGUGCCGGAUCAUGUCCUCAGCAAAGCGCCCCCUUUGGUUGAACUGGGAGAACCCCGACAUCAUGUCCGAGCUGCUCUUCACCAACAACGAAAUCAUCUUCAAGAACGGAGACGACCUGCGUCAGGACAUGCUAACUCUACAGAUCAUUAAGAUCAUGGAGAACAUCUGGCAGAACCAGGGCCUUGACCUGCGCAUGCUGCCCUAUGGCUGCCUGUCCAUUGGGGACUGUGUGGGUCUGAUCGAGGUGGUGAAGAACAGUUUCACCAUCAUGCAGAUUCAGUGUAAAGGAGGCCUGAAGGGGGCGCUGCAGUUCAACUCCAACACGCUGCACCACUGGAUCAAAGACAAGAACCGGGGAGAGGCGUAUGACCGGGCCAUCGACCUGUUCACAAGGUCGUGUGCAGGUUACUGCGUCGCAACGUUCAUCCUGGGAAUUGGAGACAGACAUAACUCUAACAUCAUGGUGAAGGAGAAUGGACAGCUGUUCCACAUUGACUUUGGUCACUUCCUGGAUCACAAGAAGAAGAAGUUUGGGUACAAGAGGGAGCGAGUUCCUUUUGUUCUGACUCAGGACUUCCUCAUUGUCAUCAGUAAAGGAGUCCAGGAGUCGACCAAGACCAAGGAGUUCGAGAGGUUCCAGGAGAUGUGUUAUAAAGCCUACCUGGCUAUCCGUCAGCACGCCAGCCUCUUCAUCAACCUCUUCUCCCUCCUGCUGGGCUGCGGCAUGCCUGAACUGCAGAGCUUCGAUGACAUCGCCUACCUGAGGAAAACCCUGGCUCUGGAGAAGAGCCAGCAGGAGGCGCUGGAGUAUUUCACCAAACAGAUGAAUGAUGCUCAUCAUGGAGGUUGGAGCACCAAGAUGGACUGGAUCUUCCACACCAUCAGACACAUGCCCAAUGAGCACUGAUCGAUACACACAUGUAUAUGUAACACACACACACACACACACCAUCAGACACAUGCCCAAUGAGCACUGAUCGAUACACACAUGUAUAUGUAACACACACACACACACACACACACACACACACACACCAUCAGACACAUGCCCAAUGAGCACUGAUCGAUACACACAUGUAUAUGUAACACACACACACACACACACACACACACACACACACACCAUCAGACACAUGCCCAAUGAGCACUGAUCGAUACACACAUGUAUAUGUAACACACACACACACACACACACACACACACACACACACACACACCAUCAGACACAUGCCCAAUGAGCACUGAUCGAUACACACAUGUAUAUGUAACACACACACACACACACACACACACACCAUCAGACACAUGCCCAAUGAGCACUGAUCGAUACACACAUGUAUAUGUAACACACACACACACACACACACACACACACACACACACACACACACACACCAUCAGACACAUGCCCAAUGAGCACUGAUCGAUACACACAUGUAUAUGUAACACACAACACACACACACACACACACACACACACCAUCAGACACAUGCCCAAUGAGCACUGAUCGAUACACACAUGUAUAUGUAACACACACACACACACACACACACACACACACACCAUCAGACACAUGCCCAAUGAGCACUGAUCGAUACACACAUGUAUAUGUAACACACACACACACACACACACACACACACACACACACACACACACACACACACCAUCAGACACAUGCCCAAUGAGCACUGAUCGAUACACACAUGUAUAUGUAACACACACACACACACACACACACACACACACCAUCAGACACAUGCCCAAUGAGCACUGAUCGAUACACACAUGUAUAUGUAACACACACACACACACACACACACACACACACACACACACACACACACA